GAGUAAUUUCAACCAAUAAUAGCGCAUAAAACUCAGCUGUGGUGCGAUGCGCAAUAUGGCCGCUGUGUGUUGAUAUUUUUUGUAUUUGUUUAUAAGAAUAGAACAACAAAUCGGUUCGGUACGUGGAUGGUAAAAUGGCGAAACGACACAUGAAGUCGGCGUCGAGCACGGACAAGAAGCAACAAAAAGCGGCGGCGGCGGCGGCGUCGUCGAAAUCGGGGAAGGACGGAAGCAGGAAGAGGCACCACGAGGAGGGCGACAGGAAGGUGGCGGACCCGAAAGAUGAGACGAAUAAGAGUGAGACAAUGACACUUUGUGCGCUUCCCUCGACCAGCGCCACACAGAUACGACAACGCAGACCGGGACGUCUGGCGAACGGAAAGCGCGUUCCCGCCACCAAGGAGAUGCCCGGAAAGCUGCGCUCCUCCUACAGACGCAGUCUGGAUCCCUGCGACAACUCCAACGACAGCGGAUUGGGUUUCGACCAUCACAUGGACCCCCAUCAGAUGAGUCUCUCGGAACGUCUAACGUGGACCGGGGAGCGUGCGCAGGCCAAACGGCCUCGCAUGGACAUCAAAUUGGAGCACGACGAGUGCAACGACGGUUACUCCUUUCCGGACACCAUCCGAUCUCACAAAGAUCCCAUUUCAUUGAUAAGAACGGCCCCCGCGGGGUCGGUGCCCAGCCUGAGCAUCACGAACAACAUGGCCAGCACGUCGGGGCGCGCGGUCGCCCGGUGCGUGCCCCUCACUUCCAGACAGAGCGCCUCGACGCCCGUCUCCCUCACCACGCAACUCUCCUCCUCCUCCAGAUUCAAUGACGUUACGCUAGCGAUACUCAAGCAGCCCGAGCAGCAGCACCGCGCCCGGUACCAGACGGAGGGAAGUCGAGGGGCGGUCAAGGACAGGGAGGGCAACGGAUUCCCGAUCGUGCAGCUCCACGGCUACUACAAACCUGCCACGCUCCAAGUCUUCAUCGGCACGGACGUGGGAAAGGUGGCGCCGCACAUGUUCUACCAGGCGUGCAAAGUGAGCGGCAAGAACUCGACGCCCUGCGUCGAAAAGAAAGUGGACGGCACGUGCGUGAUCGAGCUGCAACUCGACCCGUCCAAGGACAUGAGUGCGACCUGCGAUUGCGUCGGCAUCCUUAAGGAGAGGAACGUCGAUGUGGAACAUCGGUUUCCCGAUCAACUGGGCAACCGGAGCAAAAAGAAAUCGACACGAUGUCGCAUGAUAUUCAGGACCACGUUGGUGAUGGACGACGGCACGCAAGAAACGCUGCAAGUCUGUUCGCAGCCCAUCGUUUGCACUCAGCCGCCUGGAGUUCCUGAAAUAUGCAAGAAAUCAUUAAAGUCUUGUCCGGCGAACGGCGGAGAAGAAUUGUUCGUUUUGGGUAAAAACUUCCUGAAAGACACAAAGGUUUUCUUCCAGCAGUACGACGGCGGACAAGUCGUGUGGGAAAGUGGUGUCACACCUGACAAAGAAUAUUUACAGCAGACACAUUUCGUGUGCGUGAUUCCCGCAUACCGUCGCCUCGACAUAACCGAACCGGUGCAAGUGCGGUUGAGCGUUAUGUCGAGCGGAAAGACGAGCGAAACGCACCAGUUUGUAUACACCCCGUUAAACGGGGCAGUUUCCAGCGUGCACGUCGAUGCCGUACAGGCUGGUGCUGGUGGCGCUGCCGCGGCCGCGCCCCAGGCGCCCUUCCUGGCCAGGGGCGUCUGGCACUCGCUGAGCAAGCGGGAGCAGGACCUGGACAUGAUGCCGCCGCCAGAAUCGAGUCUGGUGCCGCUGGCCACUACACGCCGUCCCUCCAUCAGCAUGCCGUCGUCGAACGAGGUGCACUCGCCGCCGUUGCACGCCCUCAAACAGGAGUACAUCGACGAGAGCAGCAACAGUUCGAUGAUGAACUCGAUGGACGCGCGACAUGAACGUUUCCGCUACAACUCGGAGGGUUCGCUCGACGUGCAUCACGGCGACUCGAACAUGAGCAUGAUCACAGACGUGAUGAGUCACACGAUGAACGACAACUCGAACCUGAGCAUCGGCGAGGACAGCGUCGACACGAUGGUGAGACGAAACUCGAUGAGCAGUCGAAACCGGUCUAUUUGUGAGAACUCCAUGGACGUGACAACGAACAUGUCGAUGAACGAGGACAGUUCCUGCAGCACGGUGAUGCCGUGCAGCAGUUCCGUUCACACCGACAGACUCGUCCUCUCCCAAUCCAAUCUGCAAAACGAAAAAGUGAUGGACUUGCGCAUGAAAAUGCCGAUGGCGGAUCUAUCGAUGCACAGAUUCGGCAUGUUGGACGCAACGCCUACCGCUCUACCGUCGCAAACCGCUCAAAGCGUCGAAAACUACCUGAACAGGAUAGAGAACCCCAAGAACUUGCUGGUGAGCAGCAGUCCGUUCUGCACCCAGAAGAUACUACCACCACAAACGCAGUCGAUGACGGUCUUGCCACGCAACACCAACAACACCGAGCCGGUGUUCCUGACGUCGGAUCGGCCCUUCUUAGCCAGUUCUACCCAGAGCGACGCCGUAACCACCCUGGUGGCAAAGAGCGAGGCGGCCGCGGUGGCCGAGAACACCAUGAUCGAACAGACCACCACGAUAGCGGCCACCACUCUGACCAAUUGUCUGGACUCGACUGUGCCCACGGCCAUCAACACGGAAAAACUGGACGCGCUGGUCAACUCCACCGUCGAAUCGCACAUCGGAAGUCCAACCAGAUCCAACGCGGCCAACAACAAAAUGCCGACCAUCACCACGACCGCCCCGCGGGUCACCGAGGUCAUGAUGACCUCCCAGGACAUGAUCCUCAACAACACCGCCUCGUUGAUGGUGCCGGUACCGAACAUGAUGACAUCUCCGGUCCAAGACAUGACCCAAAACAACAGCAUACCGCCGGACGUCAUCCUGAACUCGCAGAUCUCCCCCAGUCUCAUGUGCCACACAAACGCCGACAGUCUGUUGCCCGUCACGCAACAAUCGAUGUCGACGCAGGAAUCGAUGGGCGCCCUGCACUCGCCGAUCGCGGUCACGGCCGCCGUGUCCAACACCUUAGGCCUGGCCACCGAACCGGAAAAGGCCGUGCUGCUGGAAGCCGCCGUCGAUUUUCUGCAGACCCAAAACAAAAUCUGCCAAAUGAACACCACGCUGACCACCACGUCUACCGCACCUACAACGACGGCUCUGUCGAACGACACCAUGAGUCAAUUAACGCAAGGGACCAGUUUUGUGCAGACGCCGUACGCAACCACCAACGCCGCCAUAAUGCCUAAAACCAUUGCCCAAGACUGCUUACCGAUUCCGGUUAAGGAAAUCACCAAUAGCGUGUCCAACGAUAAGAAAAACGAAGACCGAAUGAUUCCGCAGGGAUUUACCUCGUUGACAGAAAACGAGCUGAUCAACCUGAUAAAUCCCAGUUGCUUCGAUCAAGGUAACAAUUAUCAGUAAAACCGUUUGUGUUGUUGAUCUACUACUAUUUUGUUUUGUAAAUGUGUCAUUUUAUAUAGGUAGAAGUUAGUGCGUGUAAAUUAAAUUAACAACAAGUCUUCUAGUUGUAGUUGGAUGUAUUUAUAUGUUAUGUUAAUGGAGUUUAUUUAAAAAUGAAAAGAAAACAACAAAACUAUGUGGAGAUGCAUGCUUUCAUUUUAUUUAUUCGUUUUAAUACAAUGCUACAGAAUACAUUUACUACAGCUUUAAUUAACUAAUACUUGUUUUAGUUGUAAGUUUGGAUAAAUAAACCUGGACGCUUGAAAAAAUUAAUUAGGCGAAUAUAGCGUAGCGUUUCUGUUGUAAAUAGUUCAACCUAAUCUUUCUUCUUGUUCUUCUUGUAUUCCCCCACAUCCCUCUUUUGCAUUUAAGAGAUAAUUGUGUACAAGUAACUAACCAUCAUCCUGUAGCAGCAGCACCGUUCGUUCGAUUUGCAUGUCGUAACUGACCCAGUUGGUUGAUCCGGUUCACAGGUACAAACUUGUAGUAGUUUCACACUGUGAACUGGCCGAAUCCUAAUCCAUUUGUUUUUUUCAGUUUGAUUUCAUUGGUGGAGGCCAUCAAUCAAUCAUGUCCGUACUUAUAGGUUUUAAGUGUCUUGUUACUUUUCCUUCGUGCCGCGCGACGUUUUCAAGUAAACAACAGUUUUACUUAAAGACGCCGCCGCUUUAUUUUUUGAUUAUUAUUAUUAUUAUUUUAAUGUUAAGUAUUAUUUGCUCAACUAUGUUUACUCCAAUACGAUUUCUCAAUUGAAAGACUCACACACGCUUGAGGGUGUAUAUUUUUUUAAGAAAAUGCCAGAUACCGUGAAACAGAUCUGCGUAAGGAAACUUGAACUAUAUAUAUAUAGGAUUUUAACUGGUUUCAAACCGAAAUUGAUUUUAUUCCGCCUUUGGAAUUGUUUGGUGAAAUUAAUUUUAUAUUUUACAAUGCAAGUAGUUAAGGAAAAUAUAUUCUAUGGGCCAUGAAAUAAAUUUCACCAAUAUGUUUUCCAUGAAAGCAAAAAUGUAAGUUGUUAUUUAUACUUUUGGAUGGAUGCGCGUUACAAAUUGAAUUAUACGUUCUAUGUUUUUUAUGUAUAUUGAAUGUAUAUAAAUGUUUUGGAUAAUAUGUGUUAUAUAUUAUUAUUGUUAAUGGUAAAAUAAAUAAAACUAUAUAUUGAUAAAA